AUGGCCCUCCCUGGCACGGUGGCCCUCCCUGGCACGGUGGCCCUCCCUGGCACGGUGGCCCUCCAUGGCACGGUGGCCCUCCCUGGCACGGUGGCCCUCCCUGGCACGGUGGCCCUCCCAGGCACGGUGGCCCUCCCUGGCACGGUGGCCCUCCCUGGCACGGUGGCCCUCCCUGGCACGGUGGCCCUCCCUGGCACGGUGGCUCUCCCUGGCACGGUGGCCCUUCCUGGCACGGUGGCCCUCCCUGGCACGGUGGCCCUCCCUGGCACGGUGGUCCUCCCUGGCACGGCGGCCCUCCCUGGCACGGUGGUCCUUCCUGGCACGGUGGUCCUCCCUGGCACGGUGGCCCUCCCUGGCACGGUGGCCCUCCCUGGCACGGUGGUCCUCCCUGGCACGGUGGCCCUCCCUGGCACGGUGGCCCUCACAGGCACGGUGGCCCUCCCAGGCACGGUGGUCCUCCCUGGCACGGUGGUCCUCCCUGGCACGGUGGCCCUCCCUGGCACGGUGGUCCUCCCAGGCACGGUGGCCCUCCCUGGCACGGUGGUCCUCCCAGGCACGGUGGCCCUCCCUGGCACGGUGGCCCUCCCUGGCACGGUGGUCCUCCCAGGCACGGUGGUCCUCCCAGGCACGGUGGCCCUCCCUGACACGGUGGCCCUCCCAGGCACGGUGGUCCUCCCUGGCACGGUGGUCCUCCCAGGCACGGUGGCCCUCCCUGGCACGGUGGUCCUCCCUGGCACGGUGGUCCUCCCAGGCACGGUGGUCCUCCCUGGCACGGUGGCCCUCCCAGGCACGGUGGCCCUCCCAUAUGCAGGCACGGUGGUCCUCCCAGGCACGGUGGCCCUCCCUGGCACGGUGGCCCUCCCUGGCACGGUGGCCCUCCCAGGCACGGUGGCCCUCCCAGGCACGGUGGUCCUCCCUGGCACGGUGGUCCUCCCAGGCACGGUGACCCUCCCUGGCACGGUGGCCCUCCCUGGCACGGUGGCCCUCCCUGGCACGGUGGUCCUCCCUGGCACGGUGACCCUCCCUGGCACGGUGGCCCUCCCUGGCACGGUGGCCCUCCCUGGCACGGUGGCCCUCCCUGGCACGGUGGUCCUCCCUGGCACGGUGGUCCUCCCUGGCACGGUGACCCUCCCUGGCACGGUGGCCCUCCCUGGCACGGUGGUCCUCCCUGGCACGGUGGCCCUCCCUGGCACGGUGGUCCUCCCUGGCACGGUGGUCCUCCCAGGCACGGUGGCCCUCCCAGGCAUGGUGGACCUCCCUGGCACGGUGGCCCUCCCUGGCACGGUGACACUCCCUGGCACGGUGGUCCUCCCAGGCACGGUGGUCCUCCCAGGCACGGUGGCCCUCCCUGGCACGGUGGCCCUCCCUGGCACGGUGGACCUCCCUGGCACGGUGGACCUCCCUGGCACGGUGGUCCUCCCUGGCACGGUGACCCUCCCUGGCACGGUGGCCCUCCCUGGCACGGUGAUCCUCCCUGGCACGGUGACCCUCCCUGGCACGGUGGUCCUCCCUGGCACGGUGGUCCUCCCUGGCACGGUGGCCCUCCCUGGCACGGUGGACCUCCCUGGCACGGUGACCCUCCCUGGCACGGUGACCCUCCCUGGCACGGUGGUCCUCCCAGGCACGGUGGCCCUCCCUGGCACGGUGGCCCUCCCUGGCACGGUGGUCCUCCCUGGCACGGUGGUCCUCCCUGGCACGGUGGCCCUCCCUGGCACGGUGGUCCUCCCUGGCACGGUGGCCCUCCCUGGCACGGUGGCCCUCCCUGGCACGGUGGCCCUCCCUGGCACGGUGGUCCUCCCUGGCACGGUGACCCUCCCUGGCACGGUGACCCUCCCUGGCACGGUGGCCCUCCCUGGCACGGUGGCCCUCCCUGGCACGGUGGCCCUCCCUGGCACGGUGACCCUCCCAGGCACGGUGGCCCUCCCAGGCACCGCGUCAACACCACACACAAACCCCCACAUCCUGCAACAAGCACACUGCAGAGGCCCAUUAUUUGCCCGGCCGGCACAAGCAAUGUGUUGGUAA